AUGAGGGUACUUUCGGCUUGUUUUGUUGAAGAAUGGCGUGGCAGAAUCAUCAACGUUCACCCGUCACUUCUACCGUCGUUCAGAGGACAACAUGCCGUUCGAGAUGCAAUUAACUUCGGAGCGAAAAUCACAGGAUGUACAUGUCAUUUCGUAGAUGUGAGUUGCUUACAAUCAUUCACCUCUUGCUAA